UGGCUUAAUUCAUUAGUAAUGUAAACUGUAGAUAUCAAAACCUUUCUUCAACGAUAAAUCUGUCAGGUUUUCUCUGCGUUUUCCGGUCCCCUUCGGCUCGAUUGGUUUCAUUUUUUCUGUGUUUACAUCCACUAAUGUAACCGAUCAACACCAAUAUUUGCUCUCAGUUCUAGUUCCGCUCCAUACAUCUGAUUUUCGUUUCUUGUUAGCUUAUAACCGGCUAGAUCUGUUGCGCAUUUGUAGCGUACCUGUAUGUGAAGAAACGACUGGGCUAACCUAGGGCGAAAGCUGGAGAAUAUGGCGCCCUGGAUAAUGAAUAUCAUUAGUGUUACUUUGCUAGUGCUGUGUGUAUUGGAAGUUAACGGACAAGAAGAAGAAGAGUGUGGAGUCAAACCAGUUAAUAACAUUAACAAGAGAAUCGUUGGAGGAAGCGAAGCGUCUGAGAACGAAUGGCCUUGGCAGGUCCAGAUCAACCAUCCACCAUUCAUCUACAAGGGAGAGUCCGUACCAGGACGAACGCACAUUUGUGGUGGAGCACUCAUACGGAAAGACUGGGUACUAACGGCUGCUCAUUGCUUGAAGCCAAAAGGAAAGUGGGCGUGGUGGAGCGAGUCAAAGCUUUUGACUGUCACUCUUGGCGAACAUCAACGCGAUACCAGUAGUGGACGCGAACAGAAAAUCCGUGUCAAACGAAUCUUGGUCCACUCAGCCUGGGACUACACAACCAAUCACAACGAUAUAGCCUUAUUACAACUAGAGCACCCAGCACAACUGAAUCAAGAGGUUGGUACCGUAUGUAUCCCAGAACCCUCGGUACCCAUUUACGAUGGCGAGCAGUGUUGGGUAGCUGGAUGGGGUCUCACUCAAGUUGGAAGUACUCCAGUCGAUGCCUUACAGGAACUGCGAGUUUCCUUAGCUAGUAAAGCUAGAUGCUUGGCGGCGUUCAGUAAAUACGAAAUCAAAAAUCUCGGUGAAGUUAUAAGGCACCCUUCGGUACUUUGCGCAGGAAGGCUCGAAAUCGGCAAGGGUACGUGCCAUGGGGACUCGGGAGGGCCCAUGGUGUGUGAGUCCCGAGGGAGAUGGUACCUGGAGGGGAUUGUUAGUUGGGGCUUAAAGGGGUGUUCUGAUAAGCAAGUCUUCGAUGGGUAUACUAGUGUCAGGUAUUUUAGAGAUUGGAUCAAGACUGUAGUUAAUCAUUUCAGCGAUAAAUCUAAAUAUGUAUACGAAUAUUAACGAAUUGUAUCAAAUACAAUAAAAACAAAAAUGGGGGUUUA